AUGAACGAGAUCAAUCGAUCUGAUCGUUAUAAAUUACAGAAUUGUAUAUUUGGUGGUGUAUGGCCAGGGCCUCAAAAGCCCAGUAGAGAACAAAUGCUUGCUAUGAGCUUUAAGAGAUCGAUUCGUGAAACUGAAAGUUUUUUAAUUGGAGCAACAUGUGACAAGCCUGCACAGGCAUUAGUACAGAAUACACCCGAGCCUAUUUCAAAGUUCGGCUGUGGUCGUUGCGAGAUUCCUGGAGUCACGGUUCCUAGCCGCGAAGCCAUCAAUCACCAUAUUCGCGUUUUUCCAUUGUCGUCAAAAGCUGAUAAUAAAGCAGAAUGUCGAUCAAAUCAAAACUACGAUCCAAUCAUGACAAUGGAUAGUCCAACAGAAGAUCAACGAAAAGGAUAUUUAGGAAAAUACUCGCUUCAUAAUCUUUAUGGUGGUGCUAUGAAAAAAUUGCUCAAAUUGUGGUUUUUAGAAGAUUUUAAACGUUCAAAUUGGUCAUGCUUUACAAAACUUACUAUCUUAAGCAAAACGUUAAGUCAUUAUCGAUACCCAUCAACAACAAGUAGAACUCCAAGACCACUUGUUAAAUUUCAUCGGUUUAAAGCUAAUGAGCUUCGUUUAAUUUUACUUUUUGCAGCGCCUGUGUUUAAACAUUAUUUGACCUCAACUAUUUAUAAAAAUUAUCUUUUACUUGUGUUUGCACUGCACCUUGCUGAAUCUCGUUCACUGCGAUCUGAAGAUAUUGAAGAUAUUCAAUUUUUAUCAAAUCCAAGGAAUACUUUUCUAUAUGAAUAUCCGCUAUUGUAUACCGAUCAUCACAAUCAGCAAGUGAUGCAUAGCAUUGAUCAUGUUGCGCAAAGUGUUCAGAACUAUGGUCAACUAUCAAAUUAUUCAACCUAUAAUUUUGAAUCUGUUCUUGGUAUGUUACGAGCAACUGUGCAUAGUACGAAGCAUCAUGCUAAAGAAAUUGCUAAUACAACGAAUUUACUGCGUCUAACUAUUCGAAACACUCUUGCAGAUGAUUUCAACAAUGAGCUGAAGAGUACAUUGGAACAAAUUCAAAGUAAAAGACGAAUCAACUUGAGUAGAACAUCAAUGGAUAAAAGUAGACAUCAUAGUAUUAUUAAAUUACGAAUGAAACACAAAGUCGAAGGCAGUCAAUACAAGGAUAUCCAAGAAAUGUUCCAAUAUGACGAAGUUCAACCAUAUCACAUAGCUUUUGUCGGUACAACGAGAUUUACUACAAGAGACUUUGCAAAAACAAAAAAACACGAUGACUCGUGCAUUCUUUAUC